GUUUGUGUUCAUUCUGGUUUCAGCUUCCAUCGCUGCAGCACAAUCUGUCUCUCACUGGUUUAUCUCGUGUUCUCUGAACUCCAGCUGCUGUGCUCUAUCAUUUACACCUCAAGCUCCGAUGGUUGAAGGAUUUCCUGGAUUCACUUUGAUUUCAAACCGUUUAAAUCAGAUCAGCUGUAGACCCUGGUGUGAUGCAGUCACUGGGUCAGGAGAUCCACGGCUUCUCCAAAAACCGUCUGAGGAAGCAGUGCACGCGUGUUACCACAGUGACGGGUCGGAAGCUGCUGGAGACGAGGAGCGACGGGGCCGAGGGAGAGGUGGAGCGGGUGGAGGAGCUGGAGGAGGGAAGUGGAUGUGGAUUUGUAGAAGAUAAAAGUCUGGACCUUCAAGUUGGUGUCGUUAGAUCCUUCCUGUUACUGGCGGCUCAGCUUGCAGCCCACGACUCGGACACCCUGCAGAGAUGUAAGGUGUCUCAUGUGCUUAACGUGGCCUACGGAGUAAACAACCUGUUCCCAGAUCAGCUGGUGUACAAGACGCUGCAGGUCCUGGACCUCCCAGAAACUGACAUCACUUCUUAUCUGGAAGAAUGCAGCUCCUUCAUCAACCAGGCUCGAGAGCAGGGGGGCGCUGUGCUGGUCCACUGUAAUGCCGGCGUGUCACGCUCCUCCUCCGUUGUGAUUGGCUACCUUAUGUUGCGGGAGGGGCUCCUGUUCGAUGAUGCGUUCAGCCAGGUGAAGCUGGCGAGGCCCUCGACUCGUCCGAACCCCGGAUUCUACCUGCAGCUGCAGAGCUACACACCAGGGAGAGUGUAGCUGCUUGUCUCAUAGAGCAUAGUUUGUACUAUUUUGAAUUCUUAUCAACGUUUUCAUCAGCCUAAAGAGAAAGUUUGAUAUUCAAGAUAUGUUUUUUGCAUUUAAAGAAUGUACAUUGUCUUUUUUCUGUUGCCAAAUGCCCAGUGUGUGUCUGUUCUCUUAAGUUAGUGUUAAUUUCUAUGUUUUCUAAUUAAAGGAUGAACCCGU